AUGGCGACACUCAAACCACCAUCCAGCCGUCCAGUCCCAACCGGCCCUCCAAAAGCCCCCCUCAAAGCCGAUCCCACGGCUACAAUUGCCGACACAGCAGUUUUCCAGGGCACAUACCCCGUAACCAUCGGCGCGGGCACAAUAAUCCAUCCACGCGCCCGCUUCUACGCCUACCAAGGCCCCAUAGUUGUCGGCGAUGGCUGCAUAAUCAGCGAAAAGGCCAUAAUCGGCGCGCAACCUGCACGAUCCACCGAGUCCAAAGAAAUCGCAACGCGUCUCUCCUACUUCGUGACCGUCGGUCCGUCAUCGACUAUCCACCCCGGUGCGCACAUUCACUCGUCUGUGACGAUCGAGGCUCUCGCGACGAUACAUCAGUAUGCGGAGAUAGGGUCACAUUCAAAGAUUUGUUCUGGGUGUGAAGUCCCGGAGAAUGGGAAGGUAGAUGAGUGGGUUGUUGUUUAUGGGUCUGGGCUUGGACAGCGGAGGAAGAGGGCGCGAGAGGCUAAGGAGCCCGGACCUGCUGUUGUUAUUGCGGCGCAGGUUGCGCAGGUCCCUGUGCCUGGGCCUGCGCCUAAAGGGAAGGUUAUUGAGGAUGCCAGGUUGAUGGUUUUGCAGAAGGAGAGGGAGGUUUUGGCGAGAAUGAUCGUUCCUGCUGGGGCGAAGAAGAAAUGA